CAGACGCUCGCCGCUGAUGCUCGCUGCCCAAGCCCACAAGCCGAUCCUGCGCACGAUGACGGACGCGCCACCGCACACGCUGCGCGCGGCGCCGGUCCACUCGCCACACUUCCCGAAGCCGCUCUUCUUCGAGACGCGCCGCGACCACUUCAACAUCACCGAUACGACGAAGUGGCAGCAGGCCUACUACGUCAACGCCACGUUCUGGACGCCCGGGAGCGGCGCGCCCGUCUUCCUCUGCGUGGGCGGAGAGGGUCCUGCUCUCGACGGCUCGGUGGUCGUGUCGAGCGUCCACUGUAACAACGCUGUGGAGUGGCUUUCCGAGACGCGGGCGCUGAUGUUCGCCGUCGAGCACCGCUACUAUGGCUGCCACAAUAUGUCCGCUUGCCCGUACUCGCCGUCGGACGAGAAGCCGCUGCGCUGGCUCUCUUCGCGGCAGGCGCUCGCCGACCUCGCAACCUUCCAGCGGCACGCGACCUCCGCUUUCGGGAUCAGCGCCGCCAGCAAGUGGGUCACUUUCGGGGGGUCGUACCCCGGCAUGCUCGCCUCGUUUGCGCGGAUCAAGUACCCGCGCCUCUUCUUCGCCUCCGCUUCCUCCUCGGCGCCGGUGCAGGCCAAGCUCGACAUGACCGAGUACAACGACCUCGUCGCAGACGCGUAUGCGCUGCCGUCCGUCGGAGGCUCCCCCGCCUGCAAGGCUGCGAUCGCACGAGGCCACGCCGAGGUCGGGCGGCGCUUCUCCUCCGCCUCCGGGCGCGCCUCCCUCGUCGCCCUCUUCUCGGAGCUGCGCGGCCGGCAGCCCUCCUGGCUCGAGAGCGAGCCAGGGCCAGCGGAACCAGCUCCGCUUCUCCGGCGGUGGCGUCGCCCCCUUCCCCGCCCAGUCCAACGACCCGCGUGUCUUUCUUACGGCUGCUCCAUCGGAAGGGUCUGUGACG